AGGGGGUCUCGGUCAGUCCGCCCCGCACUCUCUGUCGGAGAAACUGCACUUUAACCCGCCUCAGAACCUGGAUUUAACCGGGACAAACCUGCAGCUCAACUCUAACUCUCCUGCUUCACCUGUGUGAAGUCGACCUCGUCAUCAUGAGUCUGAACGACCUCACGGAGCUGCUGGAGUUGUGGGAGGAGCUGAACCUGACGGGCUCCGACCACGACAACCUGUCCCACGUGGAGACGCUGCUGUGCUCGGGCGCCAUCAGCCACGGCGCCUUCCUGCAUGUCCUCUCCGUCCUCUACGUCUUCAUCUUCCUGGUGGGCCUCGCCGCCAACGCCCCGGUUGUGUGGGUCAACCUGCGCGCCAACAGUAGCCGCUACGAGACGCACCUGUACAUCCUGAACCUGGCCGUGGCCGACCUGUGCGUCGUGGCCACGCUGCCCGUGUGGGUGACCUCGCUGCUGCAGGGUGGGCGCUGGCCGUUCGGAGACGCCGUCUGUAAACUCACCCACCUGGUGUUCAGCGUCAACCUCUUUAGCAGCAUCUUCUUCCUCACCUGCAUGAGCGUGGACCGCUACCUGUCCGUCACGCUGUUCGCCAGCGCCACCGACAGCCGCAGGAAGAAGGUGGUGCGACGGCUGAUCUGUAUUCUGAUCUGGCUGCUGGCCUUGGCGGCCUCCGUCCCCGACACCUACUUCCUGCAGGCAGUGAAGUCGGCGCACUACGAUGGCGCCGUCUGUCGGCCGGUGUACCCGUCCCACAGUCCUCGGGAGUGGAUGGUGGCUGUCCAGCUGAGCUUCAUCGUGCUCGGCUUCGCCAUCCCUUUCCCCGUCAUCGCCGUCUACUACCUGCUCCUGGCGGCAGCCAUCCCCCCCAGUUCGGACCAGGAGCGGUGCGUCAGCCGGCGGAUCAUCCUCACCUACAUUGUGGUCUUCCUGGUGUGCUGGCUGCCGUUCCACGCCGUCCUCCUGCUGGACACGCUGUCGCUGCUCAACGUCCUGCCCUUCAGCUGCCGGCUAGAGAACUUCCUGGACGUAGCGCUGCACCUGACGCAGUGCUUCUCGCUGCUCCACUGCUGCAUCAACCCCGUCCUGUACAGCUUCCUCAACAGGAACUACCGCUAUGACCUCAUGAAGGCCUUCAUCUUCAAGUACUCCACCAAGACCGGACUCGCCAGGCUCAUCGACGGCUCAGAGACCGAGUACUCGGAGGUGGCGGUGGACAGCGUCCCAAUGUGAACUCUUCUCAAGACUUCUUCUUUUGCCCCCUCCCAACAACUUCAAGAGGAACGACCACAACAGGCCUCAGACACUGAGCGCUACCACUAAGACUUAUUAAAACUUUACAAACCAGGACCAGGACCAGGACCACAUCAGGGGAUGAUGGUCCAACACUGAGAGCCUUGGGAGAACUUCUUGACUUAUGAAUGCUUCUGCAGACUCAGGUUGUACUGAAUUUAAGGAUUUGAACUUUAAUAUUUAGGAACCUGUCCUAUGACUUGGACUUCUUGAGAUGUGUAACCGGAGACUCGUGUAAACACUCGUUACUUCGUGCAGAGAUUCUACUGAAGGUCAAAGCUGUAAAUAUGUUGAAGGAUUUUAUUCCUUCAAAGUGUCGAGAUUAUAUUCUGUGAAUAUAUUUGUAUUUACUGCUUUUCGUGUUUCCUGUUUAGAUAAAAAUAUAUUUCUAAUUUCUGAAUAUUUUCCUGUAAGAGUUAAGUUUAAUAUUUACAAAUGCAAAUUACAUGCAAAACUGUCAAAUGUAUCUCCAGAGGAGCAACAUGUAAAAUAAGAUUUUUAUUACGGAGCCCCGAAACUAACAAAACGUGAGAGAAUAAUUCUGAGACUUAAAUAAUUACUGAGUGUAAACAGAAAACAUUUAUACUUUGUCAUAAUUCAGCAUGUUUUCUUCUUAAAAACGUUUUCUUGUAUGUGACUUUUUAAAGUAUAAAUAUAAUUUUAAAAAAAUACAAAAACCCUGAUAAUCUCCUGCUACUAAAUAUAAAGAAGAAUAACUUAUUUAUUCCCAAUAAUGGUCUUUUCCGCUCUUUGUUGACGACAUUUUGUCAAUUUUUGGGCUCCAUAUGAUUGUAAAUCUCCACCCAGGAUCAUGAAUAUGUUAAUAUCAGUGUAUCGUGUAUGUGUAUAAUUCAUUAUGUUUAAUGCUUCUUUGUAAAUGUACAUUUAAAAGACGGAUUCUGUCAAUAAACGAGCUGAAAUAC